AUGAAAAAAAUCUUUAUAACUGAUAAAAGAGUAAUGAUAAUUUCAAAUCUCUUUUCAUUAAUUUUUCCAACUUUAUCAAUUUUUGUUAAUGGACACAUUUUAUUUGGAUUAAAUAAUAAUAAUCAAUUACUACCACGACAAAUGCAACCAAUUGGUGGAUUGAAUUGUUUGAAUGGCUUGAAUGGACUGAAUUGUAUGAAUGAUCUUGUGAAUGGAAUGAAUGGCAUGGUUGAAGAUAUUGAACAUCACGAUACUAUUAAAGAAGAAUGUGAAAAUCUGCCUUCCAUUGAUAAAACCACAUUCAUCGAACAACCAAUUGUCGUAGUAUUAGAUAAAACUGAAACUAGAGAAUGUGAAGGAGAGCUUCAAGAAGAUUGCAAGGAAAUCAGCGAUGGUAUUGGCGACGGUGUUUACAAUGACGUACAACAACAUAUUGACGAAUUUACUUAUCCGACGACAUUACCAUCUGCUUAUUAA